UCUCCCUCUAUAUUCCAUCCUGGACCUCCCGUGUUGCUCUCCCCUCGACCGGGUGCGUCGCUCGGAUGAGCAGUCGGUCUCUUGCCCCGCGAUAGAAUCAUGCGAUAAGGAUCAGCCCACGGCCAGGGGCAUUUUGCAACGGUGCACUCCCUCUGGCGCGACUACAAACGAGAUGGUGGACCGCCCUCUGGAGGAUCCCUCCUCCUCUGUGGCUUCUACGACCACCGUGCGGAUUCCCCUCCAGACUGAUCCACCAUGUGAUCCAUCGCAUCUAGCGGAUCCCGCAUCGAUACCUCUUCCUCCUUCACCAGCGUCGCCGCCAGCGACCGUGUCCCCUGUGUUUGCGCCCGUCGAACCCAGCGUGGGGCCAGGUGAGUUGGGUGGAUCGGGCCGUUCCAGUUCCAGUUCCAGUUCCAGGUUAAUAGCGGACAAACACCUCGGACACGGCGAAACCAAAACUCCCGCGAUGCCUGCCCAGGAUGAUGAGCCCAAGGUCUCUUUUGAAGAUUUUGCCACCCGAUAUCGCCAGAGCCAGCGUAAACAGACCCAAAGGAAGUCCCUGGAAAAACGGCUGCGCGCCGCCAAGGUGUCUAUCGGGGUUUCGUCGCGCAUGAUCCGCAUCGGGAAUACUGUCCAGCGUGGUCUGGUCGAAGCUCUUAAACAUGAUGACAAGGCCAAUUUCGUUGCCCUUUAUCACAUGCUCUAUGACCUCCAGGAGUCGUGCGUGUCCAGCGCACGGCGCGACGACCAGCUGGAUCUGGACGAUCACCAACCAUCCUCGGAUCCCGUCCUAGACGGCUCUGAUUUCUUUCAUCAACUAAGCCCCCAAUCCCGCGCAGACCUUUUGGAAAUUUUGCGACUGGUUCGCUCUGAUCCCCAGUUCUUGGUCGAUCGUUUGCGCAGUUUCAACUCCGCGCAGUUGGCCGCUUUCACCUCUCCGGCCACCACAUUGGAUUCUGGAGACCCUGCAUUCCCUUCUUCCUCUCGCUCUCGGAGCCAAUAUUCCUUUAAUCGAAACCCGGUCCAGUCCGCCCCGUUCAAGGACCAUGCGUAUGCCUUUGAAAGAACCGAUCCGUUAUCCAUCUUGCUUUGUAACGUGUUUGCCGCGCCGCUGGAGUUCGAGACGCCCGAGGCCAGGCUGCGCAUUGAUGUCUGGUCGUCUGUCUGCGCCCAACUAAUGUCCCAUGGCAGCAGUAAAUUUUACCCUCUUAUCGGCCAGGUCCUCUCUUCCUGGGCCACUGGCAGCAAUUGGAAAGCCAGGCCCAAGUUUGAGCUCUAUCUCAUGGAUAUCCUGCAAACCGGCGCCUUUCUUUUGGAACAUAUAGAUACCCCGGCUGGAUUGGAUUUUGCGGCCGAAGCCUUGGAUCCCCUCAGGACGGAUGUCGCCGAGGAGUUCUUUGCUUCUGCCGUGGAUGACUUGUUCCGCUUGCUCGAUGAUCCCGAUGGUGGCUUUCCUCGUGCUGUUCUUCAGUUUGCCAAAGCUGUUCUCCAGAAAUUGGAUCAUCCUGACAGCCGCAGUCGCUUCCUGGAGUAUCUCUUUGUUCAGUGGUUCUUCCCAAAGUUCCUCUAUAGCGCUUUGACGUACCCCGAGACUCAUGGUUUGUUACUGGACUUUCAUAUUCGGAAAGAUGCUCGCGAGAAGCUGCUUGGCCAAGUUGGCCUCCGCGCUUACUCUCAAGUAUUUGCCGUGUUACGCUCUAUGAACCACUUUUCAAUAUUGCGCCCGACAAUCAAGCAGCAUGUUGGCAAUAUGCUUUUGCGCUUCCAAAGUUCAGUCCCAACUGAAUCCUCAACCAAGGCAGUCUCCACCUCACUUGCAGAUCUUUCAUGUCGCCGAAAUUCUUCGUCAAAUUUUGUCUUGUUGUCCGCCACAGAUAUACUUACCCUAUUAGACGCUCUUUUCCCACAAUCGUGUCCUUCAGUUCACUCUUCCCUAGCUUCUGCCGGCCACUCUUCCUGGCCCUCCAGCGUUUCAUCCUCCUACAACCUUCGCUCUGAACCACAUCUGGAACCUGGCUUCUUCCGACCCAACAAUGAUGCACCACCCUCUCAAAUGGGCUCCAUCUCUUCCAUGGAAUCUUCGCCUAUCUUCCUAUCAGAAAAAGGCUUAGGCCUGCCCGCGGCUCGAAUUCGCUUCGAGUUGACAGAUAUCGACGAGCCACAGGGGCGGCCGAGGUUGGAGCACCCGUCAGAUGAACACUGGACAAUAUUUUCCAUCGCCAAAGAUGGCCAAGGUCUGACCUGGAGUCUACUUCCGGAUUGUGAGAAUGAAUCGGCGAGGGUAUCGGUCCACGAUAGUGAUGAUGACACCCACUCAACGACCCUAGGUCUGGAGGAGAAUCACGAGGCCUUGCAAACGGCCAUUGUCCGCUUAGUGAAGGAGAACCAUGUUUAUUACUCGGAUGAUCAUGAUCGACUGCCUAGGUCUUUACAGUCGAGUCCACUCUCGUUGAAGCAUCGAUUCAAUCAAGCCAUGGCCUCGACUCACCAUUAUUCUGACUUUGUUGGAGCACACUACUGGUGGAAUGCGUCACGGCAACUCCGACAAGGUCUGAAUGACUCUUCUCAUGCGGACGAUUCUUGGAUCCUGGGCCCUAUGCACGAGUCAUGCAUUCGCUCCUUGAAGAAGUCACGAGUCAUUAUUGAACGUUGCGAGAGUGAUUUUGUGUCUCUUGAUCAGAGCUUAUGGCGGCUCCAAACCCAAGUCAAGGAUUUAAUGGGCACGAUCUCCAAGGUCCGCAACAAAAUGUGGUACAUGACCGAUGUCAAAAACUCCAUGCGGUACGAGGAAGCUAGAAAUGUCGCCAUGGCUCUGAAGACUAUGAUAUAUUCGGCGAGAACGUCUGCCGACUAUGACGAUAGGCGAUCUCGAGGAGCUCGAUCACUUGGAGGGUCUUUGUUCCAAAAGCCCGAGCUGCAAGUCAUGAACAUGAUGAAGGCACCAAGUAGCCAAGGCGGUCCGAAGAAAUUGUCUGACGAACAGGUCGAACUCACUCGCAAGUGGCUGGCCCACAAUGCAAUCGAAAACUUCUGCAAGGGUGAGGAGCGAAUUCAUCGGUUCUGCUACGAGGUUCGGACCAGCAUCAAUCGUCUUGUUGGUGAAACAAUGUCGGAAACGCCGGUGCUUUGGGCCAGUGAAUUGUUCCCGCGAGAGCGAGCAAGAUAUGAAGGCUACGGAUCCCGCCCCUUCCCUGGUCUCUCCAUACCCACCACUCCUCGGCCUUCCACAACUGCCAGCGAGGACCCUCUUCAGCCUUCUCACUUAUACGCGGGCAACACCUUCCUUCCUGACCCGUUGCCUCGCUUAUCUCAGGACAUGUCAUCUCUGGGGCGCAAGCCGUCCAUUCAGAGCUUCAUCUCUGACAAAUACCGGCCUCAACGAGACGUGCCCUCCAUCGAUGUGUCCUCCAUCGGGGAAUCCCCAGGACGAGCCGCCUCAACCUCAACUGCAGACACAUGCAGUACUUUUUGGUCGACGCCACAGAGACAUCCCAUGUAUGCGGCUAGCGUGUCAAGUGUUUACUCACGACCGUCAUCCAUGUUCAGUGAGACUGCAACUCGACAGCCUCGUCGAGCCGAGCGCAAGACCCAUGGCAAAACAGCAUUCAUGGACGACCUACGUCAAACCCUGACAAGUCUACUUUUGAGUGACCUAGGGUCGCCGGUGUGGAGCUGUGGUAGUGAAACGGAUGCUUGGUUCACCAAUACCCUCGAUCAAACACGCAUUCGGGUGCAAAUGCAGAAACGGGCAGCUAUUCAAAAGUUCUACUCUGACUAUGACGAGCGGUCGAAGCAUCUUCGCGAGCAGCGACGACCAUCCGGGAGUCGACGGAGCAGGUCUCUGGAUUCCCCUGUUAUGCGAGUUCGCAGCACUACCAGUACAAAGACACCCAAGGGUGAACAGGGAUCCCAGAGCGAGGACGAGGGUGCCUUCUCAUACAGGGCAGUCUUCCGCCGGCUGAUCGAAGUAUUUUCGCGUCACGGCAACCCAUUUGUCAAAUUGAAUGCGCUGCGUGAUCUGCGGUCAUUAGUAGUUGCGUCUCUAAUUUCAUCACAUGAUGCUAGCUCGCAUAACACGGCUACGGGGCCGGUUGGUGAUGAUGACAUGGGACGAAACCAUUGCUCUCGCCCACGGCAACGCACCACUCGCCACAGCUUUUCGGAAAAUCACGCAACUACGCUCCAAGUAGAUGUUGGGCUAACCACUUCUUCUCCGCCCGGUUCCAUCACCUGUGGCUCACAAAGGUCGGACUACUCGGCUCCAUCCGAGGAUCAGAUUGUAUCCACGCUCCGAGACUUGAUCCUGGAUGUGAAACCAAAGACCCUCUUCCGAGAUCUGCAGUUUAUCUCUGCCUUUGUACCUGGAGACCAACUCAGCAAGACCGACCGCGGCACGGCCUUUCUUCAGUUUGGUCUUGCCGCACUGAGCCUCAAGGACGAGGUAUGUCAUAGCAUGGUCGAAAUAGCAGACCGCAUCGUUUCGCAGGAGCUCAUGCGACGACAUCCGCUCCCCGGGUCCGAUUUCUAUCCCCGGCCCGGUCAUGCCAUUGAAGAUGCGGCUUCAAUGUGGAUCAUCACCGCCAAAGAGGGCAACGCGGUCGCACAGCGCGAGCUGGCUAUUCUCUAUCUCACGCACCCCGAGCUGCUACCGCGCGUGACUCUGCCGUUGACUCGACCGCGGGACACCUUCAAGGCGGAGAUGAUGUAUCGACGCGGUAAGGACUCUAAAUCCGACCCCCAGAGUAUGUGCCUGGCACUGCACUGGAUGCAGCUAUCUGCCAGUGGGGGUGAUCUUCUCGCGCGGAAUCGACUCCGCGAGCGAGAAGAGUUCGAUUCUAUUGCAUGA